AUGAAUCAGCCAGCUCAUUUCGAUCCCUUCCUGGCGGAUGUAUUCGAAGUAAAGAAUGAUCUUUGCAAGGGAUUAAAACUCCCUAUGGAGCUGAUUGAUUCCAUCGUCGACUUUGCAGAGUACUGGCCUCAUACGACUACAGUGAGAAGAGGAGAGAAGAUUGUCACAACUGGAAGAGGACACGAGGAAGAUUUUGUUUUGAGAUCUUAUCCUCUUGGCUAUCUCCCCACGAAGUCCGACGAGACGGAUUGUUCGAUGCUCGACAAAACUUCUUUUCCCACCAUUGAUCCACUACCAUGGUCGACAACCAAGCCCGUUGCAGAAGGUUCAGCAAAUGAGGAGGUCAAGGGAAAGUGGCUCGAAGAAUCCCACAUGAAGAGCGAUCACCCCUGCCGCAAAAUUGUGUUCACGAUCAAAAGUCACGACCAAGGAUGGGGAGGUGACAGACAACAUAGGGGAACUUACCAAGGGUCAUACACUUGGUUCGAUGUCGGAAAAGAGGAAUUGAUUGCUUUCAAAGAAGGCCAAGAGCCAUCAUCACUUCCAUCGAAACCUUCUCACAAAAUCGACCUCUCUUCGGACGACUCAGCAUCCGAUGCUCAAGCUAUUACUUCCGUCUUCCAUACUAUCUCCCCACGAACAGAAUCAAAUCAAACCAGUUCCGAUGAUACAAAUAUCCAAUAUCACUUCCACCACGAAUUCAUACCGAAUCAGGAUUGUCUCCAGAAGAAUCUCACAGCAACGAAGAACGUGCAGACCCAUCAAGUUGUCUGGUCUUGUGAUGAUGAUACUGAUCCAGAUUCUGUUUUCGGACAAGCACUCGAAGAUAGAGGUCGUGGUCGUGCAACUGCAACGGGAGAGUUCGUUAGGAAUAUGAAGAUUGGGGAUGUUGUUACUGUUUGGGCUAAGGCUAGGUUUGCUGAAUGGGCUAACACUAUUGAAGAGGUCAAGAUUGAUGUUUAUUGGGCUGUUUAG